AUGGCCACCUUUGCACGAGACGGGACCGAGUACCCCAUAGUCCUCGGCGAGACGUUCACCAAAGGCACCGACAAGGCGUCGGUCAUCAAGUUGGCGAAGAAGAAGGACUCGGAGGAGGAGGAGUACUCGUUUGUCGGGCCUGUCACCUCGUCGACAUCGGCGGCAGACGUCGUCUUUUGGUUUGAUGCAGACAAUGAGAGAUUCGUGGCCGAGCUCGUCGGCUCGUACAUGCCCAUGAAGCUCAAAUCGUAA